AUGAUGUUCCUUGUGCCACAGGAGAGGCCCCAAUAUCUGCCUAACUUCAAGAACCCCUGCUGGUACGCAAAAGAAGAUGGGAUGUUGCGUCUUAAGUGCGUCCCAUACUACCAUAUUCUUGGAGUGGCCAAAUCGGGGACAACCGACCUCUCCUACCGUAUAAGGUCUCAUAAAGACGUCCUGGGAUGCAAUGAUUGUUUCAACCAGAAGGAAAUAUUUUACUGGUGCCGUACAAGAUAUGGUUAUGAACAUAGCAUGAAGAAGGGAACACCGUGUGACUUCGGCUGCUUUCAACAAAUGUUCACUACCGCGGCACAACAGAUAGAACAGACUACAACUGAAACAGGAUAUCACAGCAUGAUUACAGGGGAGGCAACUCCAGAAGAUUUUUGUGAUUUCCGGUGUUGGUCCCACAUACCCCAAAAUGCAGGUUUAGAGAAACCGGUGGUAAUGACACCCCAUCUUAUGAGACACGUGUAUACAGAUCCGAAGUUCAUCAUCAUCCUAAGAAAUCCAACUGACAGGUUAUAUUCUGACUACAUGAUGCGAAUAGGACGGUCUGCUGAGGACUUCCAUGAAGCUGUCACACACGAUAUUCAGAUUGAGGACACCUGUAUGAAGAACCACACCGCGGAGGAAUGCCUGUACAGCCUGGACAUUGGACGAAAACUUCGGACAUAUAUUUUCCUGGGGUGCUAUUCAGUGUACAUGCGAGAAUGGCUGAAGGUUUUUCCUAGAGAACAAUUCCUUAUCUUGCGAACAGACGACUACGACGACGAUUUAAAACCUCAACUCAGAAAAGUGUACGACUUUUUGAAACUAAAUUAUACUGAAGAGUGGUUGACUUCCAUCGCAGAUGUACGUCAUCUUAACGUGGGUAAGAAGAAUAGUAGGAUACCCAUGUUGGAAAGGACUCGGGUGAUCCUGGAUACAUUUUACAGCAGAUACAAUCAGGACUUGGCACAUAUACUACAGGACAAAAGGUUUCUGUGGUUGACGUAGUAUUUGCUGCAAAUGUUUGAAGUGUGUGGAUUAAUAACUGCAAAUAAACAGUUUAAGGUGAAAUUAAGACGAAUUCAUCAUAAAUUGUAUAACCGUGAAUAAAAUGUCAACAUUGUUA